AUGUCCAGUCAAUACGGUAAAGAGGAGUCGAGGGAAGCAGAGAACAAGGAGCUCAUCCCUCAAACUUCGGGCGGAAAUAUGCAGGAUGAGCCCGUGGUGGGAGAGGAAGAGAAGUCCACGCCUCAAGGAAUAGCGGAAAGCUCAGAGGGGGAAACUCCCGACGAGAUUCAGUAUUGCAACAUCCUGCAAACCAAUCUUUUGGCCAUUGGACUCUGCUUAGGAUUGUUCGUCGUGGCCUUGGAUAAUACUGUGAUUGCAAUCGCCAUUCCGAAGAUAACCACGGAAUUCCACUCACUAGACAAUACCGGCUGGUAUGGUUCAGCCUACAUGCUUACUAACUGCGCUUUGCAGCCCAUGUUUGGCAAGUUCUACACUCAUUUCGAUGUCAAGUGGACAUACCUGUCCUCCUUGUGUGUCUUUGAGCUUGGGUCGAUCUUGUGUGCUGGAGCGACAAACCCGGCCAUGCUGAGCGUCGGGCGCGCCGUGGCCGGUGCCGGCGCUGCGGCUCUUUUCAACGGAGCCAUGACUAUCAUCAGCUAUAGAAUCCCUCUGAGAAAGCGUUCCAUUUAUAUCGGACUCCUGACCAGCAUGUACGGCAUCGCUUCUGUUGUGGGCCCGAUCCUUGGUGGUGCCUUUACGGAAUAUAUCACCUGGCGAUGGUGCUUCUGGAUCAAUCUCCCCAUUGGGGCAGUUACCGCAAUCAGCAUUGUAUUCAUCUUUUCAAGUCCUGCCAACAAAGCAUCCAAGUUGACUUUCCGGGAAAGGAUCGGCAAACUUGACAUGGUCGGCAUCAUCCUGCUCAUUAGCUGCAUUGUAUGCCUGCUCUUGGCAUUACAGUGGGGAGGGACCACCUACUCUUGGAGCGACUCUAGGGUAUGGGGUUGCUUCCUCGGCUUUGGAAUAGUGGGUUUUGCAUUCGUCUGGCUUCAGCUCCGGCUAGGUGACGAUGCCACCGUUCCGCCUCGAAUCCUCAAACAGCGGACAAUCUGGUCUAUACUCUGCUUUGAGUUGCUGGUGGGCGUCGGCAUGUAUUUGUUGGUAUAUUAUCUACCCUUCUACUUUCAAGCAGUCCGGCUUCUCCCCGCCCAAGCUUCUGGGAUCCGAAUGAUUCCGCUUCUCGUCUCCGUCACCAUCGCCUCCAUCGUGAGCGGCGGCUUGACCACCGCCACUGGCCACUAUGUUCCCUUGCUCCACAUCAGCUCCGUCAUGUUCACCGUCGGGGCCGGCCUCUGCUCUACCCUGAAGGUGGAUUCAUACGCUGGCGAAUGGGUCGGGUACCAGUUGCUGGCGGGUAUCGGAGUCGGAUUGUCCCUGCAGGUUGGCUACGUGGCGGCCCAAGUGGUUUUGCCACCGGAAGAUCAGGCCACGGGAGUCGCACUCGUCUCGUUCUGCGCCUCGUUGGGAGGCGCCCUGGCCGUUUCAUUGGGGAAUAAUGUCCUUUUGAACGCCUUGACGGAUGAGUUGCGGAGUCGGAUUGCCGAUUCCGAUGUCAUAGACGUAAUCAUAAGCGCUGGCGCGUCCAACGUCGCGUCCGAAACCCCGCCAUCGCUGCUUCCCGACGUUGUCCUCAGUUACAACAGGGCCAUCACGAGGGUCUUCAUCGUUGCGAUUCCCGUGGGAGCUGCGUCCUUCGUCUUUUGUCUCUUCACCGAGUGGAGGAAGAUUGAUACCAAGAAGAAUUUGAGUGACGAAGGAACUUCGGAGGAUUCGAAGGCGGGAGUGUGA